UUCUUCACCCUUCACACACCGCUGUUAUCGUAAGGUUUUACAGUCAGCUGAUUUAGAGUUGGACUUAGUCAUUGAACAACUGAUUCCUAGUAAACACUAAAUAGUAAAUAAACCAUGACUAAAUACGAGAACGUUGCUGUUCAUGGCUACGAGGAAUUUUGUAAAGCUGUGUCUGAAAGAAAAGGAAAAGAUAUAUUCGCUUACUUCUCUGGAGAUAAAGAUGACCAGGGCAAGAGCUGGUGUCCGGACUGUGUGGAAGCUGAGCCAGUGGUUAGAGGAGAGCUGUCUUAUCUGCCGGAGGGAUCUGUCUUCAUUUACUGCCAAGUAGGAGAUAGACCUUACUGGAAGAACCCAAAUAAUGACUUCAAGAAGAAUCUGAAGCUGACUGGAGUACCCACACUACUGCGCUACGGGACGCCCCAGAAGCUGGUUGAAGAGGAGUGUUUUAAGGCUGACCUGGUUCGAAUGUUGUUCACGGAGGAUUAAUGUCCUGUCACGUACUGCUGGAUGACAACAGCAUAUCAAACAUUUCCUUUGAAUGAUUUUUCUGCUAUUCAUUUUGUCAUUUGUAAUCUGUGCUUCUGCUCUGCAAUGUUCCGCAAAGCAAAUUGUGGCCUGGAGUUAUUCUGUGGUGACUGUAUAAGUCUGGAAAGCAUUCGUGCAAAUUAAACUCUGUAUACUAGACAUUUCAAGUUUACUAUCUAGAGAUUUUCAAAAAAGGGACCGACUACAAUUUUAAGGGAUAGUUCAGCCCAAAAAUGUAAAUCUUCAUCAUUUACUCACCGUCGAGUGGUUCCAAACCUGUAUGAAUUUCUUUGAGCUGAACACAAAAGAAUAUAUUUUGAAGAAUGUUGGUAAACAUUUGAUGGUAGCCAUUGACUUCCAUAGUAUAAAAAAAAUACUUUUGUAUUCAGCAGAAGAAUGAAACUCAUACAGGUUCGGAACAAGAGGAGAGUGAAUAAAUGAUGACACAAUAUUCAUUUUAAAAGAAUGAAAUCAAUUCAAAUUCAGUAAAAAUGUAUAAUGAAAACUGAUAUGGAAUUAUGGCUGUUGCCAUUUUAAUUGUUUGUUAAUAAUCAGAAUAAAAAAACAUCUGCAAGUGUUAUUUACAUUUUUCAAGGAGUUUUGCAUGUGUAACUGUUUGUCCUGUCCAAUAAAUAUGAUUAAUAAGCUA